AUGGCCCCCGCUCGGGGCCGCCUGCCCCCGGCGCUGUGGGUCGUCACGGCCGCGGCGGCGGCUGCCACCUGCGUGUCCGCGGCGCGCGGCGAAGUGAAUUUGCUGGACACGUCGACCACCCAUGGGGACUGGGGCUGGCUCGCGUAUCCCGCUCACGGGUGGGACUCCAUCAACGAGGUGGACGAGUCCUUCCGGCCCAUCCACACGUACCAGGUGUGCAACGUCAUGAGCCCCAACCAGAACAACUGGCUGCGCACCAGCUGGGUGCCCCGCGAUGGCGCCCGACGCGUCUACGCCGAGAUCAAGUUCACCCUGCGGGACUGCAACAGCAUGCCCGGCGUGCUGGGCACCUGCAAGGAGACCUUCAACCUCUACUACCUGGAGUCGGACCGUGACCUGGGCGCCAGCACACAGGAGAGCCAGUUCCUCAAAAUCGAUACCAUCGCAGCCGACGAGAGCUUCACUGGGGCCGACCUGGGUGUGCGGCGCCUCAAGCUCAACACGGAGGUGCGAGGUGUGGGCCCCCUCAGCAAGCGUGGCUUCUACCUGGCCUUCCAAGACAUCGGUGCCUGCCUCGCCAUCCUGUCUCUCCGCAUCUACUACAAGAAGUGCCCCACCAUGGUGCGCAACCUGGCCGCCUUCUCGGAGGCAGUGACGGGGGCCGACUCGUCCUCGCUGGUGGAGGUGCGGGGCCAGUGCGUGCGACACUCCGAGGAGCGGGACACACCCAAAAUGUACUGCAGCGCCGAGGGCGAGUGGCUGGUGCCCAUUGGCAAGUGUGUGUGCAGCGCGGGCUACGAGGAGCGGCGGGACGCCUGCGUGGCCUGUGAGCUGGGCUUCUACAAGUCGGCCCCCGGGGACCAGCUCUGCGCCCGCUGCCCUCCCCACAGCCACUCUGCAGCCCCUGCCGCCCAGGCCUGCCGCUGCGACCUCAGCUACUUCCGUGCAACCCUGGACCCACCGUCUGCAGCCUGCACCCGCCCCCCCUCGGCACCAGUGAAUCUGAUCUCCAGCGUGAAUGGGACUUCUGUGACCCUGGAGUGGGCCCCUCCGCUGGACCGGGGCGGCCGCAGUGACGUCACCUACAAUGCCGUGUGCCGCCGCUGCCCCUGGGCCUUGGGCCGCUGCGAGGCGUGUGGGGGCAGCACCCGCUUCGUGCCCCAGCAGACCAGCCUGGUGCAGGCCAGCCUGCUGGUGGCCAACCUGCUGGCCCACAUGAACUACUCCUUCUGGAUCGAGGCCGUCAACGGCGUGUCUGACCUGAGCCCAGAGCCCCGCCGGGCUGCCGUCGUCAACAUCACCACGAACCAGGCAGCCCCGUCCCAGGUGGUGGUGAUCCGCCAGGAGCGGGCGGGGCAGACCAGCGUCUCGCUGCUGUGGCAGGAGCCAGAGCAGCCCAAUGGCAUCAUCCUGGAGUACGAGAUCAAGUACUACGAGAAGGACAAGGAGAUGCAGAGCUACUCCACCCUCAAGGCUGUCACCACCAGGGCCACCGUCUCGGGCCUCAAGCCGGGCACCCGCUACGUGUUCCAGGUCCGAGCCCGCACCUCGGCUGGCUGCGGCCGCUUCAGCCAGGCCAUGGAGGUGGAGACCGGGAAACCCCGUCCCCGCUACGACACCCGGACCAUCGUCUGGAUCUGCCUGACACUCAUCACUGGCCUGGUCGUGCUUCUGCUCCUGCUCAUCUGCAAGAAGAGGCACUGCGGCUACAGCAAGGCCUUCCAGCACUCGGACGAGGAGAAGAUGCACUAUCAGAACGGGCAGGCGCCUCCACCCGUCUUCCUGCCCCUGCACCACCCUCCGGGGAAGAUCCUAGAGCCCCAGUUCUAUGCAGAACCCCACACCUACGAGGAGCCGGGCCGGGCGGGCCGCGGUUUCACCCGCGAGAUCGAGGCCUCUAGAAUCCACAUCGAGAAGAUCAUCGGCUCCGGAGAGUCCGGGGAAGUCUGCUACGGGCGUCUACAGGUGCCGGGGCAGCGGGACAUGCCCGUGGCCAUCAAGGCCCUCAAAGCCGGCUUCACGGAGAGACAGCGGCGGGACUUUCUGAGUGAGGCAUCCAUCAUGGGUCAGUUUGACCACCCCAAUAUCAUCCGCCUUGAAGGUGUCGUCACCCGUGGCCAGCUGGCAAUGAUCGUGACCGAGUACAUGGAAAACGGCUCUCUGGACACCUUCCUGAGGACUCACGACGGGCAGUUCACCAUCAUGCAGCUGGUGGGCAUGCUCAGAGGAGUGGGCGCCGGCAUGCGCUACCUCUCGGACCUGGGCUAUGUCCACCGCGACCUGGCUGCCCGCAACGUCCUGGUCGAUGGCAACCUGGUCUGCAAGGUGUCUGACUUCGGGCUCUCACGGGUGCUGGAGGACGACCCCGAUGCCGCCUACACCACCACGGGAGGGAAGAUCCCGAUCCGCUGGACGGCCCCCGAGGCCAUCGCCUUCCGGACCUUCUCCUCGGCCAGCGACGUGUGGAGUUUUGGGGUGGUCAUGUGGGAGGUGCUUGCCUACGGGGAGCGGCCCUACUGGAACAUGACCAACCGGGACGUCAUCAGCUCCGUGGAGGAGGGGUACCGCCUGCCCGCGCCCAUGGGCUGCCCCCGCGCCCUGCACCAGCUCAUGCUUGACUGCUGGCACAAGGACCGGGCCCAGCGGCCUCGCUUCUCCCAGAUCGUCAGCGUCCUGGACACGCUGAUCCGCAGCCCUGAGAGUCUCAGGGCCACGGCCACUGUCAACAGGUGCCCGCCCCCCGCCUUUGCCCGGAGCUGCUUUGACCUCCGCGGGGGCGGGGGUGGCGGCGGGGGCCUCACCGUGGGGGACUGGCUGGACUCCAUCCGCAUGGGCCGCUACCGGGACCACUUCGCUGCUGGGGGUUACUCCUCUCUGGGCAUGGUGCUACGUAUGAAUGCUCAGGAUGUGCGUGCCCUGGGCAUCACCCUCAUGGGCCACCAGAAGAAGAUCCUGGGCAGCAUCCAGACCAUGAGGGCCCAGCUGACCAGCACCCAGGGGCCCCACCGGCACCUCUGA